AUGUGCGACAUCACUUUCGUGAGCCGGGCGUCUGACGGCCUGCUCCUCGCGGAGUCCUGGGACGACGCCACGGCGAAUCCCCAACUGCAUGCGCUCAAGCAACAGGCCAAACAAGUUCUGAAACGCAUUGGUCACGGCCCACUUCGAUGCUCCAUCGAUGCCGGCUCUUACAAAUACCACUACCUGAUUGCGGAUGGAGUUGCGUUCAUGACGGUUUGCGGCGGCUCCUAUCCGAAGAAACUCGCUUUUUCGUUUCUGGAAGACAUUCAGCGCGCGUUUCAAGAAGAGCUGCAGACGUCGUUCGGGACGCAUGCAGUCGACUAUCGCUCUAUCAUCGAGACGAUCGAGAAGCCGUACUACUUCGUCAAAUUCGACCGAGUCAUCCAGAGAAAGAAACAGGACUACCGCGACCCUGACUCCAGCCGCGCACUGAACAAGCUGAACGAGUCUCUGACGGAAGUGACAGGCAUCAUGAGGCGGAACAUCGAAGACAUUCUUCAGCGCGGCGAGAAUCUUGAAGAUGUGGGGAAGAAGGCUGGAGACCUGAAGGAUGCUUCAGCGAAGUUCAAGGGCCUCGCGAAGGCGCUGAGUUUCCGGGCAAUGCUGCAGCAGUAUGCACCUCUCGUGAUGAUGUGCCUCUUUUUCGCGAUCUUGAUUUUCUGGAAACUCUUCCUCUGA